AUGUUGUAUCCUACUCGAAAUCAUCUCACUGCCUCUGUAGGUGUACCAGAUGAUCCAUUGAGUUUUUUCGAGGCUGUUAAACACACAGAAUGGAAGGAGGCCAUGACUAAGGAAUACGAAGCUCUCAUCUGGAAUCAAACAUGGACUUUGGUACCUCCUGUACCUCACACGAAUGUGCUGGGAUGCCAUUGGGUUUUUCGCACUAAAACCCUAGCCGAUGGUUCUUUUGAGAGACGGAAGGCACAUCUCAUUGCCAAAAGUUUUCAUCAACAACCAGGUGUUGAUUGCCAUGACACCUUCAGCCCAGUAAUGAAACCUUCCACCAUUCGGUUAAUUCUAUCCAUCGCUGUCUCUCAUGGCUGGUCUUCGCAUCAAAUUGACAUUGAAAAUGCCUUUUUACAUGGUGUGCUCACUGAUGAUGUCUAUAUGCAGUAA